AUGGUCCGCAUCAAUAUACCACAAACUACUUUUUCUACCUCUCAUACUGACACAGAUGAUCAAACACCAUUGGAUGAUUCAAUUGGUACACUUGGUAGUAGUGGAUUAACUCAAAAUGAUUUUCUUUUAAAUAAUAAUAAUAAUACAAAUUCCAUUGAAGGAAUCAAUCGAGAAUAUGAAAUUCCUAAUUAUUUUACAUAUAAAAAAAUCGAAGGAUUGCUUGAAAGAAUGCAAGAUGAAAAUACUGGUUUACCAAUAAAAUCUGUCAAAAGUUUUAUGUCAAAAAUUCCGAGUGUUUUUGCUGGUGGAGAUUUAAUACAAUGGAUUUUAAAGACACUUGAUGUUGAUGAUACAUCCGAUGCUCUCCAUCUAGCUAAUCUCAUGUCAUCUUGUGGUUAUAUUUUACCUAUUGAAGAUCAUGUAUUAACUUUAAAAAAUGAUGGUACUUUCUAUCGAUUUCAAACGCCUUACUUCUGGCCAUCGAAUCAUGGUGAACCUGAUAAUAUUGAUUAUGCUGUAUAUCUGUGUAAACGAACAAUGCAGAAUAAAACUCGAUUGGAAUUAGCUGAUUAUGAAGCAGAAAAUUUAGCACGACUUCAAAAAUUAUUUGCUCGUAAAUGGGAAUUUAUUUAUAUGCAAGCUGAAGCACAAAUCAAAGUUGAUAAAAAACGUGAUAAAGUUGAACGAAAUGUUCUCGAUUCUCAAGAACGAGCAUUUUGGGAUGUUUAUCGACCCGCACCUGGUUGUGUUAAUAUGACUGAGCAAGAUAUAAAAAAAUUAAAACGACGAAAAGCACCUUUUUUAACAUCAUUUUCAUUAACAAAUGCUCAGAGAAAAUCAUCAACAACAUCAGCAUCAAAUACAGCACCAGCAUCUGCAUUAGCAUUUGCUGCAAAUAAAAAUCUAAUGACUAUGACAGUUGGAUUACUUGCAGCAGGACCUACAGUUUCACCAAAUCGAUCAUCACAUACAUCAUUAAAUCGUACAGCAAUAUUAUCUGAAGGUGAUGAAACAGCAUUAAUCGAUCAGUUGGUUCAUGAAAUUGACUUUCUCAAACAUCGUAUUGAUAGACGAUGUUUAAAAACAUCGAAAGUUUGCGAAAGUUAUGUUUCAUACUUUGAACAAUAUGCUGAAUUUGAUCCAUUUCUAACAUCAUGUGAACCAUCAAAUCCAUGGAUAACUGAUUCAACUGAUUUAUGGGAAUUAGAAAAAAUGGGUAAUGCAAAAGAAAUUUCCUCACGACGUGUUAAACGAUGGGGUUUUUCAAUCAAUGAAUUGCUUAAAGAUCCAAUUGGUCGUGAUCAUUUCUGGAAAUUUCUUGAUAAAGAAUAUUCAGGAGAAAAUCUAAGAUUUUAUGAAGCAUGUAUUCAUUUACGUUGUCAUACUCCACAACAAGACGUCCAUAAUCGAGUACAUGAAAUUUACAAUGAGUUUCUUUCACCAGGUGCCUAUUAUUCAAUAAAUAUCGAUCAACGUGUCAUGAAUUUAACCAAACAUAAUAUGACUCAUUUGCCUAGUCGUUAUACAUUUGACGAAGCUCAGGAUCAUAUCUUUAAUCUAAUGAAUCGUGAUACAUAUGCACGAUUUUUACGUUCAGAAGCUUAUAAAGAAUUAUUAUUAGGUGGAAAAAAGAAGGCUCCUUCACUUAAACAUGGUCGACUUUCAAUUGUUGUACGAGCUCCAUUAGAUAAUGUAUCAAUGGGUGGAAGUAGCAGUAUUAUUAGUGGAAUUAAUGAACGACAUUUAUUGGGAGUUAAUUCUCGUUAA